AUGGCUGCCCAGCCAAUCGAUGGCCUCGUCGGUGGAGGUGCCGGUGAAGGGCUGCACCGCAUGCGCCCGGGCCGUGGCGGCGAACAGCGCCUCGACGGCGGGCAAGGCGAUGGGCACCAGGCCGUUGCGGGCCAUCUGCUGCCGGGCCUCGGCCACCUCGUUGCGGCGGCGUGCGGAAUGCGGGAUGUGCGUGCGCACCAUGGACUCCAUCAGCGUGCGCAGCGGUGUCUCGUCGAUGUCCUGCAGCACGGCAUGCAGUUGCUCGCGCAGGCCCAUCUGCUGGGCCGUCACCAGGCACUCCACGGCCAGCGCCUCGGUCCCCUUGGUGUAGAUGCUGCGCAGGAGCUUGAGCGCGGCGGCAUCGCCCGGCUGUCCGCCCACCACGCGAACGGAGCCGCCAAGGGGCAAGAACAAUUCCUGUACAAAACCGGCCUUGCCACCGGCCACGAGCAGCGGCGUCUUGCUGCCGCCCAGGUUGACCGCGCCGGUGAUGGCCACGUCCACGAAGUGCACCGCCCUGCCCUGGGCGACGCGCCGGGCCAGCUCGCCGCAUUCGCGCAUCUCCUGCGGGUCGGCCGUGGUCAUGUCCACAUAGACCACGCCAUCGCGCAGAUGGGGCAGGCAGGCCUCGAACAGGCUGCGCGCCACGGUGCCGAACACGGCGCUCACCACCACGUCGGCCUCGGCCAGCCAGGCGCCGGGCGCGGCAUGCACCUGCGCGCCAGCGGCCUGCACGGCGUCGGCCACCGCAGCGUUGGGCUGCAGCUCGCACAGGCACACCAGGCUCUCGGAGAGCCCUUCCGUCGUCACCUAGAAUCGGCGCACCAUCCCCACCCAUCUGGUGCAAACACAGUGCAAAACGUGAAAGACAAGGCGUACGAGGUUCUGCGGCAGCGGCUCAUCGGCGGCCACUACCGACCCGGCGAACAGCUCAAGGAGGAACCCAUUGCCCGCGACCUGGGACUGAGCCGCACGCCGGUGCGCAAUGCGCUGCACCGCCUGGUGGAAGAUGGCCUGGCCACCGAUGGCGCGGGCCAGGGUAUCCGCGUGUCGGAGUGGAGCGAUUGGGAUGUGGAGGAGACCUUCCAGCUGCGCAUGCUGCUGGAGCCGUACGCCUCGUUCCUCGCGGCCACGCGCGGCGGCGAGGGGCUGGCCGAUGAGCUGGAGGCCAGCAACCAGCGCAUGGAGGCCGGCAUUGCCGCUGGCCACGACGGCAUUGGCGAGGUGCAGUCAGCCAACCGGGAUUUUCACCACGCGCUGAUCGAGGCAUCGGGCUCGCCGCGCCUCAAGACCAUGCUGGCGACGAUGAUCGACAUGCCGAUCAUCAAGCGGUCGUUCUACAUCUACACGCCCGAAGAGCUGGUGCAAAGCCUGCACCACCACUGCGACCUGGUGAUCGCCAUACGUGCCAGGGAUGGGGAGCUGGCACGCCAGGUGAUGCAGCUGCACCUGCGCAUGUCCUACCACCGGUUCAUGAAGCAUCGAGGGGAAUACCGCGCGGAUGCAUGA